CAACAAAUCUAUUAAAAACCUAAUUGAAUUUCCCCUUUUUUCUUCUAUUUCAGUUUUUAAUUUUUCAAUAAUUGUAUUUUGUUUUUUUUUGAACCCAUCGGUCUUCUUCCGUGAGCUUCAAAACCCAUAUAAAUCUGCAGCUACAAGUACUGAUACCCCUCCUCUCUCUUUUCUCUUUUCUUUUUUUUUUUUUAAAUACUCCCUUUUGUGGGUGUAUUUUUAAGAGCAAGAAUUCGAAAAAAAAAAACCAAAAAAUUAAAUGCAGUUUCUCAUGGACCCACAACAACAGCAACACCCACCACCACCACCACCGCCCCAGCCAGCUGCUCAGCCGUCUCCUCAAGCUCCUCCGGCGCAGCUCAUGUUUCAGCAGCCGCCGGUGCUGGUGGCUCCUCCUCCUCCGCAGCAGCAGCCAACUCUUCCUCCUCCGCUGCAGCAACAACAACAGCAGCAGCAGCAGCAGGUGGUUCCGGCGGCUCCCGCCGGCGGUGGUGGUGUGUCUCCUGCUCCGAUGGCGGCGGUUCAGCCUCAGAUUCAGCCGUUUACUCAAGUGCCUGUUAACCCUCCUACGCCCAAUCUGGUUUCCGUUCCUGUCGGAAAUCACCCACCUUAUGCUCAGAUGAUUUCAGAGGCCAUAACGGCUUUGAAGGAGAAAGACGGGUCGAGCAAGAGAGCCAUAGCUGGGUUUAUCGAGCGAGCCUAUGGGAACUCGCUUACUACCAAUCACUCUGUUCUGUUGACUAGCCAUUUGAAGCGUUUGAAAGACCAAGGUCUCAUCGUCAUGGUCAAGCACUCCUACAAGCUCCCUGAUCCUAAUCACAUUGCUGCUGCUGUUAGAUCUCCUCCUGUUGACCCUUCCCAACCUUCCAUUCCUGCCUCCAAUGGUCCCAAGCGCCGCGGCCGUCCUCCGAAGCCCAAAGCCGCAAUUCCGGUGUCCUCUGUUCCUCCCCAGCCUGGUUCCGUUGACCCUGCUCCUGUCCCUGUUCCGGUUCACAUCCCACCUGCCCCUCCGGUCACCAAUCCUGCUCCUGGUACCGACCCGGUUUCCGUAUUUGCUUCUCUCGGGCUGUCUGACGGGCCAAUUCAUGUGCCGGUGGCGACGGCGGCUGAUCCAAGCCCAGCUCCGAGGAGGCGUGGCCGCCCCAGGAAGGCUGAGCCUGUUGGGGCUCCGCCUCCGCUCCAAGUGAAUGCCACAUUGGCUAAGAGAUCUCCUGGGCGCCCACGCAAGGUUGCGGCUAAGAAUGCUGUGAAUGCUGCUGCUGGUGGGGCCGUUGCUGUGAUCCCACCAAAGGUGCAGCUGCCCAAGUUGAAGAAAGAUGGGACUCCCAUGAAACCCCGUGGCAGGCCGCCGAGGAAGAAUGUCCCGGUUCUGAAUGCGGAUGCAAGUGUUCCUGUUCCUGUUCCUGUCCCAGGUGCUACUGGUGCAACUAUCGCACCUGCUGUGUAUGUUGGUGAGGGGGCUCUGACCGUUACCCCUGCUCCUGGCCCUGCUCCGGGAGCCAAGCGCCGUGGUAGGCCUCCAACAAAAGCUCUAAAAGUUCAGAAUGGCCCCAAGAAGGCUAGGAAGCUGAGUGGAAAGCCUCUGGGUCGACCAAAGAAGUUUGCUCCACAAGUUCAAGGUGCAGGCGUACCACAUGCUGUACCCUAUGAUGAGAUGAAAAGGAAGCUUGAAUUCUAUCAAAUGAAAAUCAAGCAAUCAGUCAAUGUCCUGAAGCCGUGCAUAGACAGUAACACAAACGCAGCAGGUGCCUUGAAUGCAUUGAAAGAGCUGGAGGAGCUAGCAAAUGGGGGAUCAGCUGCAGCAGUGGCAACUGUUCCAGUGCAGCAACCUCCUGUGCAGAGUUGAUUGUAGCUGCUGAUUAGUCCCGGGAUAGCGGAGGUUUUAGAAUUGACAGUCAUUAUUCUGUAGGUUUGUAGAGGGUUUGCUUUUAGCCUUCGAGAGUCAUUGUUGCACAAAACAGGGCUUGCGGUGAGAUUGAGAUAUAUAUAGUUCAUGUGGAUGAUGAAUGUGCAAGAGUGAACUUGUUUUUAGUUGGUAAUUUGGCGGUUGUUAAUGUUAUUAGUGACCCUGAAUGAUGACAGUCCAUAGGAAGAAGCUCCAGUGUAUCUUUAAGAAUAUUGUUGUCUUUGAUUUUUAUCUCAGUAGCAGUUAAAACAAGUCAAGCUUUUAUUAAGUUAGGAGAUCUUUUGAAUUGUGUGUUUUUUUUUCCUUGUUUUUUUUUCCCCUUUUGUGUUAAUUUAUACAGCGUCAUAUUUGCUCCGUCUCAUGUUAAUA